AGUUUUAGUACAGGAUGCCGAUUACUUAUCUUGUGAUUUGUAGCUUAGGGUAUUUAGUAAAUACUAUUUGUUAGUAGGUACUCGUAAGUUUGUGACUUACCACUUAGUAUUCGGCAUUCGUUAGUAGUUAAUAGUUUAGUACUCAGUGACUUAGUCCGUGGUUGUGCUUUAUUUUCACUUAUUGUUUAGCGUUUAAUCUUAAACUUAACGUUUCCACAUUUACUAUUGACUAUUUUAUUGAUUCAACAUUUAUUAUAUAAGAUUUAAGUGACCCAAACAUUUUAUUAUUUAAAAAUAAUACAUUUUAAUAAUUAAAUAAACGUAGAUUUACAAUUUGAUAUCGAGAUCCGACAGGAAUACUUACUACUUACCUUGAUCUUAAAGGUUGAGAACAGAGACAUGGAUCCAAAAGCUCCGAAUGAUGAACCUGAAAAGAAAAUCACUAAAAAUUGUUUAACCGAUACAAUUGUGAAUAAAUACUUAGAUCUGGUCACAAAAAUGUCUCCCAAAACAUUGUAUGUGUUUAAUACACAUUUCUUCACUACCUUUUUUGAAAAAGGAUAUCUACGCACUCAUUGGUUGACAAAAAAUAUUGAUAUAUUCUCAAAGGAAAGACUGUUCAUCCCUAUUCAUAUGAAACCAAAUAAGAAGUGGGCUUUAGUCUAUGUUAAUUUUAUAGACAAAUCGAUUCGAUUUUAUGAUGCCUUUGGAACCCAUGGUUUAAACUACCAAAAAUUAGUAUUGAAAUAUUUGAGGUUGGAACAUUUGAUGAGAAAAGGAAAGUGUUUUUCUAUAAAAGAUUGGAGGUAUUUUAAUUUGGAUCAUUCAAAUACUGAUUAUAAGGUUUGGGAUACUGGAUUAUUUUUGUGUGUUGCUGUGCAGCACUUCGCACAAAAUGGAAAUACAGACUAUACACUAAGUACAUUGACUAAUAAGCUGAUGAAUUUUUCUUCAGACGUCGAUGGCUGUGAAAAAAAGAUCUUGGAAAAAAUCUUAUUCCAAAUAAAGAGAAACUCUAUUCAUUAAAUUAAAUGAAAGAUAUGUUUUGUAAUUUUGUUAUGUGUUAUUUACGUUGAAACACUCUUAAGCAUUAUAUAAUUUUAAUGUUAAUAAAUAAAUAACUAAUAAGUAAUUAUAUUUUGGUAAAUUAAAUAUUGGCAUAUUUAAU